GUCGUUGUCGUCGUCGUCGUCGUCGUCGUCGUCGUCGUCGUCGUCGUCGUCGUCGUCGUCGUUGUUGUCGUUGUUGUUGUUUGUUGUCGUUGUCGUUGUCGUUGUUAUAAACAUAGUAUUUAAAAAUGAACUUGUAUCACAUUCAGGUGCAGACUGCGUACAAAUGUGCAUGUGUUUUGAGGGACACGAUCAAUCCGUAUUUAUUAAGAAGAUUGAAGAAAGACGUCAAAAUGACAUUGAAUUUACCAAGCAAAAACGAACAGGUCAGGAACGAUACAUCCAUCCAACAUACCGCACGCCACCUUGGUUUUCGUCGUAGGAUCAUUGAACAGAGCUUCAACGUUUGUAACUAGAGUUUGAAGAUUUCAGUGACAUGUUGUGUAGCUUCGCAAUCUAUGGCAAAGCUUAGGCUAAUUAAACAUGGGAUGUUCAUCCUUUGACCCAACGAUCUUAACUUAGCCUAAUUGAACGCUGUCAAAUGCUCGUUGCAAUCAUUCAAGCUUCACGUGAAAAUGCAAGGCAAUGUUUUCAUGCAUGACUGUUCAUCAUUUAAUGCGAACGACAAUAUACUUGUACGUAGGCAAGCCUGAGCUGGACAUUUACAUGUAUGUAAGGCUCAAGGAAUUUGUGUUGUCUUGUUAGGUGUUAUUUUGUCGUCUCACUGAAGAACAAACGGAAAUAUACAAGGAGUAUUUAGCCUCGAGGGACGUUGGGUCUAUUCUCUCUGGAACUAUGAAGGUGAAGGAAAAUCUUGUUUUUUCAAAUGUUUCCUAGUCCAUCCAUUCUUCCAUCCAUUCUUGAAAACAUUGUUCUGGACAAAAAUAAAUUCCUUUUGUUCAUUACCAGGCAAGAAUGUUCUCUAGUUUGUCCACCUUCGGAAAACAUGGAUAGGAAACAAUGUUUUCUGAUUUUCCGGCGCUUGGCAAUUAGUAAAUACAAGUUCAAGUAUACAGCGUGAUAAUUAGUUCAUUUCCUAACUUAUUGUGUUGUAUGUCAUAGGUUUUUCCUGGCUUAAUCAUGUUACGGAAGAUAUGCAACCAUCCCGACUUGACCACAGAAGCUGGCUCUUUAUGGAAGUUAAGAAAAGACGAAGCCCAGCGUGAAAAUACACCUGAUGGUCGCGACGAAAUUGACGGCGGAUAUGGGCACUGGAAGCGAGCUGGGAAACUCAUUGUCGUUCACUCUUUGCUCAAGUUGUGGAAGAAACAAAAACAUAAAGUAUUACUGUUUACGCAGACGCGACAGGUAAGCCGUGGUGGGUUAGAAAACUGGUAACUAGUAUUAAUCUUGAAUAGUAUGUUCCAGUGUACUGUAGGUAGUGGGAAUAUAAGAAAGCCUUGGAUUGAUAGCAGACAUUCUAACUACUGGAGAUAAAAUUUAGGAAGACUGUUCAGUGAAUUGAAAUCUAGUUCUUCGGGGGGGGGGAGGGGGGGGGAAUAAUAAAAAUUAAGUCUUCUGAAAUGGCGUUUCCUGCAUUUUGAGAAGAUGUUGUUAUAAGUGACCCUAUAUAAAAUGCCAUAAAGUAACUUCAUAAAAUGUCAAGACAGACUAUUAUGAUUGCUAAAAACAGUAUGAUUAUGAUUUUUUACGAUAUUUCCUGAAUACUCUGAAAAAUCGGGGGAAUUUGAUAAAAAUCGGGAGACCAGGAGAUUGCAUGAAUUUUCGGGAGACUCCCGGUAAAAUCGGGAGAGUUGGAAUGUCUGUUGAUAGGGAUACACACUCCCUGAGAAAUACAAGGAGAACUUCAAACUUGAAACUAUAUUCUGCUCUUUGUACAGAUGUUGAAAAUCCUGGAAAUUUUUGUGAAAUCUCAAGGUUACAAUUAUCGCAGAAUGGAUGGUUCCACUUCUAUCGCCUCCCGGCAGCCAUUGAUCGAGAAAUUCAACAUGGUAAGAUAUAGAUAUCGCUCAGGCUAUGUUCAGAAAUGUAUUGUCUUUAACCUAUGUAGAUGCAGGGCCGGUUGUUCAAAGGUGGGUUAGUACUAACCCUGGGUUAAAAUUUAACCCACCGUUUUAGUUUGUGUAUUUCUGCACGUCUGUUUAUUUCAAAACUUGAGAGAAAACUACUGAUCCACACAAGAUUUCUGAAGAAAUGUUUCCAAAUUUAUCAACAGCUUGUUGGGUUUGAAAUUGAGGUUAGCCUUUUAGUUUAGCUAAUCAGCUUUCGAAAAACUGGGUCAAUGCCAAUGGUCAUUGGGACAAAUGUGCAGUAAACAGUAGCAGUCAAUCAGGAAAUAUGAUAGCGAGGAAAUAAAAUAGGUAUGCUCACUGUACAAAACACUGUUGCUAUGGCUAGCCUCGUUAAGGAUAGGUUUGUUUCGUUUAUUUCAGGACGAGUCCAUUUUCGUCUUCCUACUCACAACGCGCGUCGGUGGCCUGGGAGUGAAUCUAGUUGGCGCUAACCGCGUGAUUAUUUACGAUCCCGACUGGAAUCCUGGGACGGACAUGCAAGCGAAAGAACGCGCGUGGCGCGUGGGACAGAAGAAGGAUGUCACGAUUUAUCGUUUGUUGACCACAGGCACCAUUGAGGAGAAGAUUUAUCAUAGGUGAGGAUAACUGUUGUUUUGUGAGGGUAACUGUUGUUUUGUGACGGUAACUGUUGUUUUGUGAGGGUAACUGUUGUUUAUUCCCUUGGUAUAUAGUAUACAGCAUGUUUCUAAUACAGUGUGGAGGAGAUUAGAGACCAAUCAUUUUACCAAAAAACAUUUCCAAAAUAAAGCGACGAGAGGCGAGAAUGAAUGAGGCUAACACAUAACGUUUUAAACACAGUCCAAUUGUAUAUGCAAUUGGCAAAUAUAAUCUUUAUAUUGACAAGUGAACAUGAGGGUUUAUAUAUUAUAUUUAUAGUGAGUAAUAAUUAACAUAAAUCUAAUUUAUGUAUUUUCUACAACAAAAUGACUUUUCUAUAAUUGACUUUUCUACGACAAAGUAACUUUAGUUUAGUAGGAACCAUAGUAUUAAAACUUUUCUACAUUUAAUUUUAUCAUAGUAAAAGUUCUAUCAUUGUAAACUACACUGUAUUUUAGCUUAUUAAGCUAUUUAGUGAAUGUAAUAAGCCAUUAAUUAUUAUUAUUUAUUAUUAAGGAAAAUAUUUUUGUGAAUGCCAAAAACCUUUUGUGACCCCUUGUUAGUUAGUAUAGUAAUUUAUUUUAAUUUUAAGACAAAUCUUCAAGCAGUUCCUGACAAAUCGCGUUCUGAAAGACCCCAAACAAAGGCGUUUCUUCAAAUCCAAUGACCUUUUCGAGCUGUUUACUUUGGACACCUCAGACAGCAAAGAAUCUGGUACUGAAACGGGCGCCAUUUUUGCCGGCCUCGGAUGCGAGGUGCCUGUCCCACGAAAGGCGAAAGAAACGAAGAGGAAACACGCAGCUGUUCGUGAUGAGAGUGUUUUAAAAACUAUCCAAGAGCGCACAAAAGAAAUACUUAAAGCACAGUUCUCAAAAGAACAGCAGAAAGAAAAUGCUGAUACAACGGCGAAUAAAAACGAAACAGUAGAUAGUAUACCCAUGAAUGAAAUACCUAUAAGUCAGUUCUCAUCUUUGAAAGAACAGUCGAAACAAAAUUGUGAUAAGACAGAAACGAAAAGUGAAGCGGGAAAUAGUGAUGACGUAAUGAAUACAUGUCUAAGAACAGACGUUGCUGCAAAUGAUGGAAGUGGUAGUACUACGUCGGGAUUGAAUCGUCUCCCUUCGACGACCGCUCGGCCAGUCAGCGAUACAACAUCGGGAAUACAAAGUGACGGACAAAUGUUAGCGGAUGAGACCGCAAAGGCUGGUGACGUUCAGGAGUCUGAGUCUCGUGGUUCUAAUACUCAGUCUUACAUGGGAGUUUCACGGAGUUCUGGGAAGGAUGGCAGCUCGAAAGUGGAUGGCGGUUUAGCGGAAGAAAGGAAUGGAGUAAACAAGGAGAUGAAAAAGAAAAGCAAAAAACGGAAACGAAAUAGUAAGUUCUUGAGUAAAUCGAAGAAAUAGUAUUGGUGGUAAUUUAUUUAUGGUAUGGUCGCCCAAUUUACCUGAACCAGAGGUUCGACAACUAAGGCCUAAAGGCUACUUUCCACACAGGAAAAUUAUCCGUGGAUUGGAACGGACAAGAAAGUUUUUCUUUCUCUUGUGAGCUCUGGGUUGCAACUAAUGACUUUAACACAACGAAAAAUUUUCUUGUCCGUUCCAAUCCACGGAUAAUUUUCCUGAGUGGAAACUAGCCUUAAGGAUUAGUUUUGGGCGAGAGAGGAAAACCAGAUGACUCGAAGAAAAAUCAUCGAAUCCUCGUAGUUCCUGUGGAGAGAACCAACCAUAGACUACUUACAUGAGUUUUCAAGUACAGGAAAUCUACCCAUGAUGAAGGUUCACGUGAACUUUAACAUAUUUUACCAGAAUUAUUGUUUGUCAAUUUCAGAAGUGGAAGGAAUUCGUAUUGGUCAACUGAGCCAUUCAGAACCUUACGAUGCGAAAAAAGAUUCUGGUGAAGUUGAUCAAAAUGCUGAUAAUGAUUAUAUUCUGAGGAAACUUUUCAAGAAAUCAGGUAGAUCUUUUUACAGUAGACUAAACUAAACUAACUUUAUACUGGGUAGCUCUAUCAGUGUUAAACUGUUCUCCCUAGAGGUCCAUUAAGGAUUAUCUCUUAUUGAUCUUGUGUUACUACAGGAAGAAAUCUAAACUAACUUUAUCUAUACCGCAUAGUUCUAUUAGUUCUAAACUGGUCACACGGAAGUUCCAGUAAGAGUCAUCUCUUAUUGAUCCAGUGUUACUACAGGAAGAAACCUAAACUAAACUAACUUUAUUUAUACUGGAUAGCUCUAUCAGUUCUAAACUGUUCUUCCUAGAGGUCCAGUAAUAAUCAUCUCUUAUUGAUCCAGUGUUACUACAGGGAGAAACCUAAGUAAACUAACUUUAUUUAUACUGGAUAACUCUAUGAGUUAUAAACUGUUCUCCCUAGAGGUCCAGUAAGGAUCAUCUCUUAUUGAUCUUGUGUUACUACAGGAAACCUAAACUAAACUAACUUUAUUUAUACUGGAUACCUCUAUCAGUUAUCAACUGUUCUCCCUAGAGGUACGUAAGGUUCAUCUCUUAAUGAUCUUGUGUUACUACAGGAGGAAACCUAAACUAAACUAACUUUAUUUUUUACUGGAUGCCUCUAUCAGUUCUAAACUGUUCUUCCUAGAGGUCCAGUAAGAAUCAUCUCUUAUUGAUCCAGUGUUACUACAGGAGGAAACCUAAACUAAACUAACUUUGUUUACACUAGAUACCUCUAUCAGUUAUCAACUGUUCUCCCUAGAGGUACAGUAAGGAUCAUCUCUUAAUGAUCCUGUGUUACUACAAUGUUCAAACAACAUUUUUUCACCCUUAGGUGUUCAUAGCGCUAUGCAACACGACACGAUAGUUAAUUCUGGCAAUGCAGAUCACGUUCUGGUUGAAAACGAGGCUAAACGAGUGGCCGCUCAGGCGGCUGAAGCUGUGAAACGUUCACGUGACCAAUGCAUGCAACUUCGGCACACUGGUCUUCCUACAUGGACUGGACAGUCUGGUGUCGUUGGUUCACCGCUUGGCCUGCAGGGAAGGUAGAUAGUUUAUUAAAAUUGUCAACUAAAACUAAACUAACUUUAUUUGUACUGGAUAGCUCUGUCUGUUCUAAAUUGUUCUUCCUAGAGGUCCAGUAAGCAUCAUCUCUUAUUGAUCCAGUGUUACUAUGUGCAGGAGGAAACCUAAACUAAACUAACUUUAUUAAUUUUGUGCUGGACAGCUCUAUCAGUUCUAAACUGUUCUCUUUCGAGGGUCACCACACUGCAGAGGGCAACCAAACUGGGGAGGGGGGUACCUCUAGAAAACCUACAGUAUGUGGUUGAGUUAAACUAAAUUUGUCUUUCUUUAGAACCUUGUUUGGACCAAAGACAAAAACACCACACGAGGUAAGGGUCAUUAAUCUUCAGUAAGCCUUCCCGGGUAAAAACAUUCCUUGAAAACAUUUAAACUUUUUAUGAGAGAGUAAUCUCUAUUUAUCCAGUGGUACAACAGGGGAAAUUAUCACAACUGAGGGGAAAUUAUCAUCAGAUAACUGCAUAGUAAAGGAAUCCAACCCGUCUAGUCCUAGAGGUGAACGACACAUGUGCUAACCAUUCUACCACCCAACACUCCACAAACCAGAAUGUUAAAAUUUCAUUUACACAGAACUUUCAACUGAUUCCAGGCCUUUAGAAUAUCGGUCGGUCACGGACAUUGUCCGACCCAUUUGUGAAAUUGUCCGACGUAGAGAGGGAACUACCGGACAUUCUGUCCGACCAAAGUGAAACUGAGGUUUAUUGUUUGUCCGACCCGAGUGUAUUUGUGUCUGACCAAACUGCAGCUUUGUCCAUCGUAAAUCAAAAUGUACCCUAGCCCAGAACUAGAGGCUUGUAUGUUAAAUUGAAAAUCAGAGUACUCUUGUAUAAAAGGUGAACUGGAAAUGUUGUUUUAACGUAGUCGAGCGCAGGGCGGCGAGCGAAAUGGUGAAGUGGAAAACGGGCUUAAGUUGUCGAAAUCUUUUACUGCUGUUCUGGAAAGCAAGUUAAUUUUGGCUUGCAAAUAAUGUUGAAAGAAACAAAUUAUUUAAUAUCUUCACAACAUUUACCGUUCAGAAUUAAUACAUUGUGCUGAUAUUCAUUUGUGUCAUUCAGAAUUAUUUCCAAGUCAAAACUGAACUGAACAUCAUCGGACAUAUGUCCGACCCAAACUGAACGUCAUCGGACAUUUUGUCAGACGGCCCUGUAAAAGAUAUUUUAAGGCCUGUGAUUUCAUGUUUUAUUUUCAUUUAGGACCACUCAACAACUCUUUUUAGUGGAAAAUCAUUUAUACAGAAAAAGGAGGGAAGUGAUAUGUCGAAAGCAGGUCUUGGGAACCCUAUGUCGUCAACACAGUUACUAGCCCGGAUGAGAGCUCGCAAUUCUAUUGGUGGAACCAAUGCCGGAAGUGAAGUACAAUCGAGCGAACAAAAAUAUGUUGACACAAUGACGGAAGUCCGGAAUUUUAUCGCAAGUGGUUGUUCGUUACCAGGCCGCGCUACGACACAAGAAAUUCUCACGGAAUUCAGUACCAGACUCUCGACGAGCGAUACUGCCAUAUUUCGUGAAAUGCUACGGAAUAUUUGUGAGUUUGAUCGAGGCUCGUCCGGAGAAGGAUUCUGGGUUUUGAAACCUGAAUUCACCUGAUGUAUAUAUGUAGAGAAAAUCUGGCAGCCUCGACCUCAAGCUAUUGCUUCGUUUGCAGUCAUAGUCAAUGAAUAAAAUAGUUAAAGGGUUAACCAGGAACAGCUACGAGAAAUACAACUAUACGUACCCUAGCAUAAAUACGAACUCUGUGUAAUUCGAAGGUCGCGAGUUCAAGACCCAGCCGCGGCAGACAACAUCUUUCUGCUUGCGCUGGGUAUGGAAAUUAUAUAAUACACACUCUAGAACAUUUUCAUCUU